UCACGAAAAAAGUGAGAUACAACCUUUAAAAGUUCAAAAUGCAUCUUGACAAUUAUCCUCUGGCCCUCCAAAAUUUUGUUUCAAGUUUCGCCAUUGUGUACAUAGUUCUUCUACUUUAAUGAAUCAUGGAAAAAAUGAGAUACAACCUUUAAAAAUUCAGAAAACAUCUUGACAAUUAUCCUCUAUAUGGUCCAAAAUUUUGUUUCAAGCUCUGCCAUUAAUCAUAUGUAUAUAUUUAUUCUGUACGUGAGUAUAUAGCUUUAUUCUCCCUAUAUUAUUUGCAGACUCGUCUACACUAUUUGUAAAAUUGGUCUUAAAUUUCAUUCAUUCUUGCACGGAAAAGGCAUUCCAGAAAUAAAAUAACCAUGCAUGCAUCCUAUAUAAGGAGGGUAACAAUGUAGAAUGCCGUACAAGAAAAAAAUCUUAUGAAAUUAUUCUUAUAAUUGCAUUCUUCAAUUUUAGAGGUCUCAAAUUUGUUUGCAGAAUUAAUUAUGGUAACGCUGAGUACUUCGUCUACAUUAUGUUCUUUUAUUGGUAUCAUGUUACCACAACAAAUAAAUUUUGGCUACCGAAGAAAGUUUGAAGUGAAACAUGCUCGUUGUGGUGGCUUUCAAAUUAAGGCAAGUGUUAAAACCCCAAACAAGGAUGAUAAUUCUUUGAGAGUUACCACAUCUUCUAUUCUGGAUGAUUUUGUGUUCCGUCAAAAUUUCACUAUUAAAUCGUAUGAAGUUGGUGCUAAUGAAAAGGCAUCUAUUGAGACUUUGAUGAACUAUUUUCAGGACUCUGCAAUUAAUCACUUUAAGACAUGUGGAAUUCAUCGCGGUGGCUUUGGUUCCACAAAAGAAAUGAUUAAAAGGAACUUAAUAUGGGUAUUUACUCAUAUGCGAAUAGAGAUUUAUCGUUAUCCUGUCUGCGAUGAAGUUGUUCAAGUGGAAGCUUGGAUGUCCGUAGCUGGAAAAAAUGCUGUGCGUUGGAAUUGGCUUUUGCGAGAUUCCAAAACAUAUCAAGUCUUAAGUAAAGCCUCCAGUGGUUGUGUCAUGAUGAACAAACUGACAAGAAAACUAUCAAAAAUACCAGAAGAAGCCAGAAAGGAGUUUGAGUUCUAUUUUGUAAAUUCUUCUCUGAUGAUUCUAGAAGAUGAUAUCAAAAACAUACCCAAACUCAAUGUCACUGCAGCAGAUUACAUUUGUACCGGUUUAAAACCAAGAUGGAAUGAUCUAGAUAUAAAUCUUCAUGUCAGCAAUGUGAAGUACAUUGGUUGGGUUCUGGAGAGUGUUCCGGAAUCAAUAUUGAUGAAUCAUGAGUUGUGUGGCAUGAGUUUGGAAUACAAGAGGGAGUGUGGUAGAGAUAGUAAGCUUCACUCUCUAACUGCAAUUUGUGGCGCCAAUAACAACAAUGUUGAGUUUUAUCAUUUGCUUCAACUUGAAGAUCGUGGUCUUGAGAUUUUAAGGGGAAGGACUAAGUGGAGACCAAAACUUUGACAUUGCAUAUAUUUGAAAAUUUUCUGAGAUACGUAGCAAAAUAAUUACCAAAACAUACAUUAUCCCUGGAUUAAUGUAUAUUUAAUUUCAGUCAUUGUAAAUUUCAAUAUUUCGUAAGCUUGUUUUUUACAUAAAUUAUUUGGACUCAUUUAUC